AUGCGACAGCAAAUCUGCUACGAUGACCUUUUGAGCCAGCGUGAUUAUCUUGCUCCUGCCGAUACUCCAGAGGAUACACCUCUUUUUGAUCUUUAUCGCCUUUACGGACACCUUGAUCUCAAUCGCACCAUAGACAUACGCAACGAACUGGGAAGGCUCUGGUUCAAUAGGUGGUCGGUCUCAUCCAUCGCUGACCCAAAAGAUCAUUCAGAGCGUGAGCGGUAUGCUGUUCUAGCCGCUAUCCCUGCGCUCAUGGUAACCUCGUUCAAUAAACGAGUAGAGAUUGGGAUACCUCGAUCGGCUGAUGCUAUUAUACUUCCCGAAGAGAUGGAGAUGUAUCUGAAUGCGCCCAAGAUAUACGGAACGGUUCCUGAGUGUCCGAAGAAGGUUGAGCCGCUGGAAGAAGUGUUAAAGAUACCUCACGAAGAUGGCGAAGUGCUUGAAUCAUUUGAGGACCUAAGAGCAGGUAGGUAA